AGCGGCGUAAUGAUAAAUGUUCUCCUUUUAGGCGGAUCACUUAUUGUUCACGCAAAAUUAAUUUGUCAACCUAUAUAUAAAUAUUUGAUUUUUGUACAGAGUCGAUGUGCAGCGCAAUUGACUUUUGAAGUAAUGACCGAUUUUGUGAAACGAGUUUAAAAUUUAUGGGAAGCAUCCCGACAGACAUCAUGGAGAUCCCGACGGGCGAGUAUUUUUAAUCUUCGGCUGGGUCAGGAUGCCAGUGUUAUUUAGGGUAGACUUUAAACUUAUACCCCGUAGUGUAGUAAUACAGCCCUUCCCGACUGCACAUGGUUGACGAAAAACAUGACAGACAAGCUCACCGCCCAGUGGGCUGUAAAACCGGGCCGUUGUUCAUCUGUUUUACCACCCCGUCCCUUGCUAAAAACAAAGUCACAUGCAGCCGAAUGUGAUGAAAAAGAUGCUCUGCUCCAGCGCCUGUGUGGGGAAGUGGUCGCUAUGUUGGGCCAUACCCCCGAGGGCGUGGAGCUUUCAGAACUGCGCAGCCGGUACAGAGAGCUGUACGGGCGUCGACUCAUCCUGUCCAGGUAUGGCCUGAGGGGUCUCGAGCAGCUACUGGUGCUGCUGGGGGACCGGGUGCACGUGGAGCGCGUUCGUGACAAGAACGUGCUCAAAAGAACAAGCGACAGUCAUCCUGGUGGAUUCUGUGAUUUAAGGGAGGAAUCAAAAACAAACCGCAAGCCUUCUGGUGAGUCCAAAGCCGUGAAGAUGGAGAAGGCCCGUUGUGAUGUCAUAGAUCUGCUAAAGCUGCAUCCAGAGGGCAUCCCCUUCAAAAACUUGCCCAUUGAAUUCAAGCAGAAAUACAACAGGGAGCUCCAAGUGUCUAAGCUCGGCUUCUCCUCUCUACCCCUGUUUCUGUACACUAUGCGUGAGCAGCUGUACCUGAAAAACGACGUGGUUUUUCUGAACUCAUACCAAACAUCUGACCGCACCCAAGGAGCGUCCAGCCCACUGGAGGGAGUCACAUCGGGCCUGCAUGUUCCUUUAUGUGAAACAUCUGCAGCAGAGUGUGCUGCAAACAUGGAGACAGGGCACACUGUUGGCACUGGGCAGCUGUGUCCCCAGGGAGCCUGUGCACAGCUGCUGCCAUGCUCUCCUGCUGUGAGUGCCGUGAAGAUGGAGAAGGCCCGUUGUGAUGUCAUAGAUCUGCUAAAGCUGCAUCCAAAGGGUAUCCCCAUCAACAACUUGCCUAUUGAAUUCAAGCGGAAAUAUGGGAGAAAGCUGAAAGUGUCUAAGCUCGGCUUCUCCUCUGUACUCGCGUUCCUUCACGUAAUGUCUGACAAGCUGUGCCUGAAAAAUGACGUGGUUUUUCUUAAAUCAAACCAAACCUCUGACCCCACCCAAGGAGCGCCCAACCCAAAGGACAGAGCAACGCCUCCAUCUGCUGAAGCAGGCGCAUCGAACAUGGCGGGAGGGUACACUGUCAGCGCCAGGCCGCCAGUUGCCCAGGGGCCCUUGCUGCAGCUGCCAUUAGGCGCUGCUGCAGUGAUCGGUGGCAUACCGCUUAUCCAGCGUCUGCCCCCUGUCGCUUUGGCCCCCGCAGUCGCUGUGCCCGUAGGCCUGUCACACUCCGAUUUCCCGGUGCUGGGGUCGAACCCACCGAAGACCCAGGGAGCCCCGAGAAAAGCGGACAGUACUGUAGUGUUCCGGGAUGCAUUCCACUCCCGGCUGAGGGAGGAGCAUUCGGCUCAUGUUCGGGCCACCGAGGAGGUCGAGGAGCUUUGCAAGGAGCGGAAGCGUGGCCGGGUGCCCAACGUGGAGGAAGUGAACAGCCGGGCCGAGGAGCUGAUCCGUGCCAUCGCGGCCGAAGGGGAGCUGGUCACUGUAGAUAAGGUCGUAUCCAGGCUUUGCAAAUACUACCAGGUUCAGUCUUUGAGACCAAUUAAUCCAAUAUGGCAGCUCCCAGCUGUCAUGGAUCUUCACCGAACCGUGCGGGAAGUCGACAUGUUUAUAAAGUCUGCUGAAGCCGUGCAGUCGAUUUGCACGCUCUACGAAAUGGGCCAGGCGCUGGCAGGCCUCAAGAACAAGAAGCGCUUUGAAGAACUCAACCUGGGCCCACUGUGCAGAAUCCCCCUUAUCCGUAGGAUUUUUCAAGUGGAUGCCACCACCAGGGAUGACGAUAUAGUCACCAUAGAGACGGUGGAUAUUCUGAAGAAUCUGAGGGAUUUUAUGAGACGACGCUCCAAAUCAAAAAUUGAUCUUGUGGAAUUUCUGAAGCACCUUGCUGACCAGUAUAACUGUGAUUCACCAUACAAGCUUGGGAUUAGGAUCCAGGGCCUUGGCCUACCCAUCUCGACCCUGACUAAAGCGAGAAGCUCAGAGUACCUCAUGAUGGACAGAGCCAAAGUGACCCUCCAGAGGGAGAUUGAGGAAGAGGUGGCAGAUAAGAUGAGGAAGAUGAAGAAGAGCAUCCUGGAUCCAGCCCAGGCCAGUGUCCCCUUCUCCUCUGUUGGCAGUCUGGAGCUGAGGAAGAAGUAUGUCUCCCAGACCGCCGCGGAGGCCGUGCUUAUGGUCUUUACCAACGCCGAGGGUGUCUUCAGCGCCAAGAUGACCAAGUAUGUCCAGGACUUCCUUCUGCGUGUGUCGAGCGACAGGCUGACCACAGCCCUCUUCCAGCUGGCCAUCUGCUGUGGCUCCCUCGAAGUCCCCCAGGAUUUGGUUGCUAAAGAAAAGUCCUGCAAGUCCUGCAAGUCCUGCACAGGGAUUAAGCAGGGCCAGGAGGAGAGCACCAUACUGCCCCCUAGUGAGGCUGCUGUCAAGCUCUACUUUCAGGAGUCCUUCUCUAGCCUGAGGGGAGUGCUCUCCCUCGCCUUACUUUCCAGGCAGGAGAAGAAGCUUGUAGACCAUUUCAAAUUCAGGGAGUUCACGCAGCUGAAACAAGGCACCUUCCUGGAAUUCCUGGUGAAGCACGCGCAGGUGCUUCAGGAGGCUGGAGGUAGCAUUAUUCACCUUGGCAGUCAAGAUUACAGUUCCUGUGGCUUCAGGCCCAGCCAGCAGGAUGUGUAUGAAUUCAUCAAGCAGUGUGGGGUUGAGGACCAAGACAGGAUCCCCUGCAUUGAGCACGCCCUGCGGAGCCACUACAAGCUGAGGGACAGCCGGGAUCUGGGAUACGGCCAGCUGUCUACUCAGGUCGACAUGGUGCGUCGUCAGAAAGGGCUGAGCGAUCACGUCCGCGAGAGUCCGGUCCGUUACGAGUCUCCGCUUUUCAUAAGGGAUUUCAGGGGUGGAGUGAUGGAAGCAGUGGGCCUCCUGGGGGCUGUGACUCGUGAGCAGGCCUUGUCUAGCCUAGUGUCAGCCCCCUUGCUGGAGGACCUGGCUGAGUGGUCCCAGUGGGAGCUGGUGUUCCAGCCGCAGCUCGGGCCUCUGAAAGACUUCAUGGAGAGCAACUCGGCCGCUAACAGUGAGCUGGCGGCGCUGGAGACGAAGCCCGGCGUGCUGCUGAGGAUCUCCACCUCCACCGGCGACAUGCUGUUCUCCGAGGCGGCCGAGGCCCUGGAUCCCGUGGGCACAGCGGGGCACCUGGUGUCCAUCGUGGUGGCUGAUGGGAUAGCCAAUGCCCCUGUAGCCCUGCUGGCCAAUCACAUGGAGAGCUCCCUGGCUACGGCUGUCACCCGGGAAGAUGAUGGUACUAACUCAUCCAAGACUGUUGCAAAGUUCAUUCUUGACUGCAUCCUAAGAAUACCAACGAGAAUCUGCAAAGCCCUGCUGACUCAGGUCUUCCUGGAGCCCCUCUCGAGGGUGCUGGGUCAGGCCAAAUCUAAGGCCGUGCUGCUGCAGACGGCCAAGGCAGAUUGGCGCCACCUGAACAGGCUGCACCAUGUGGGCAUCCUGCUGGGGAUGACAGACUGGGUCAAGGACUUCCACAGCAAGCUGAGCCCACCGCAGUCGAAGAUCAUUCCCCCCCUGGUGAAAAAGCUCAUAGGUACUGACUGCAUGUCUGUGAGCAGCAAGUCUUCCGCAGGAGCCCUCAGUGAUGACGAGGACCUGAUAGAGUUCGGCCCAGACCUGGAGACAUCAUCUCUGAGUCCAUCCAAUAUGGAUGAGGACGACGAAGACAGCGAGGAGAAAUUCGAGCUGGUGACAGGGAGGGAUGAGAAGAUGUACGCUUCCUGUGAGGACGUCAGUGAUGCCCCUCAGGACGUGGGGAUCGAAGGUUCAGCUGAGGACGGGCAGAGCAGAGAGGACCUGAGCCAAGUCGACGGGCAACUGAGCCGGCGUAGAGUCAUCAUCGAAAACAUCAGGAAGAACGAGUUUGGAAUCGGUGUGGAGCUGAAUGAGGAGGGUGAGCAGCUCAUGAAGGUUCACCAGGAACGCCUGGGGAGGAGCCUGGACCGUCUGUCUGCUGAGCUCUACAGUAAAGACACCCACUUUGUCCUGGAGCUCAUCCAGAAUGCAGAUGACAACAGCUACAGUUCGAAUGUCCAGCCAGCCCUGGCCUUUGUGAUUGAGAAAGAUUGCAUCGUCAUUCUCAACAAUGAGAACGGCUUUGAGGAACAAAACAUCCGCGCUAUCUGUGACGUGGGACGCAGCACCAAGGGGAAGCACAAGUAUGGUUACAUAGGACAAAAAGGCAUCGGUUUCAAAUCGGUGUUCAAGGUGACAGAUUGUCCUGAGAUUCACUCCAAUGACUUCCACCUCCGUUUUGAGAAGAACAGCGGCCCCAUGGGCUACAUCCUACCUCACUGGGUGGAGGAGGAGAAGGUCGUGGACACAAACAUGAAGGAGUUAAAGAAGCAGAGCUGGAACACCAAGAUCUUUCUCCCACUUCGGUCAAAGAGCUACCAGACCAGGAACCUCUUCCAUGACGUCGACCCGUCGCUGCUGCUCUUUCUGCACCGGCUGCGCUCCAUUACCAUCAUCAACCAGGGUGAGGGCCAUGUGGUGUCAAUGACUCGGAGAGACCUGAGCCACAUGGUCUCAGAAGUGCAGCACAGUGAUGGUGUCGAACGCUGGCUGGUAGUCAAGAGGAUGCUCUUCCCCAACAAGAUUAAGGAGGACGUCGAGUCCACCGAGCUGGCCUUGGCCUUCAGGCUGAAUGAGGACUCCUCCCCCGACGGGAAGUUCCAGCCCGAGAAGCAGCCCGUCUUUGCCUUCUUACCUCUGCGGAGCUUCGGUUUCCGCUUCAUCAUCCAAGGGGACUUUGACAUCCCGUCAUCCAGAGAGGACGUUGACCGGGACAGUGGCUGGAACCAGUGGCUUCGCUCACAAAUCCCCCAGCUCUUCCUCCAUGCUAUGGAUGUCUUUACCGAGCACCCUGAAUUCAGUGGUUUGCAGGGGCUGUGCCGUUUCCUGCAGUUUGUUCCUCUUCCGGAUGAGAUCCUAGACUUUUUCAGUCCUGUGGCGAGUCAGAUCAUUCAGUUGCUGAAAGGCAAGGCCUGUUUGCCUACCACGGAACGCCAAAACGGAGAGGUGGAAUUCAAAUUGCCCUCACAAAUUGCUGCCACUCAAGACCCACUCAUUCAGGAGGCGAUUGGAGAAGAUAUGCUCCAGAGACACCUCAACUUGUCCUACAUGCACCCUACCCUCCAGUCUGUGCUGCCCCAGUCUUUAAUAUCUGCCUUGGGGGUGCAUCGCCUGAGAGGGCAAGACGUUGCCACGGUGACCCGUGCCAUGACUACAGAACUCUUCCGCAGCACAGGGACCUGGUCAGACGCCAAUCUUAAGGAGGUGGCCAAGCUCUUGGUAUGUAAUUUCCGUGCCCUGGAGCAGGAUUAUGGUGAGGCCGGCACCAUACUGGAGGUGCUCAGAGAUAUUCCCUUCAUCCCUCUGGCUGAUGGCCGUGUGGUGUCCUUGAGAGAGGAAGGUGUCUUCUUUCCUCUAAUGGACCCAAAGAACACCGACAUCGGCUUAGAGGCGCUCUACAAGGACCUGAGCACCAUAUCCCCUCAGCUUCUGGACUGCCUGGAUCCACUGGGGAACUCGCUCGUCGUCGAGCUGCUGAAGAGGCUGAACGUGCACCAGCUGGAGCCCCAGAAAGUCCUGCAGGAGCACAUCUACCCUCUUCUGAAGAGCGGAGCCUGGAAGAUGAAACAGGAGGACAUUAUUAUCAGCUACGUCGUGUUUAUCAAGCAGCACUCUCAAAACCAGGACUACAGGACACUGGAUGAAUUCAUACCUGUGCUGACCAAUAAGGGCUUUCUCUGUGCCAGAAAGGCAAAGGUGCAGUUCUCAAAGGAAUACGGUAACAUCGAUCUCCCCACUAAACUCCCAGGUGUGGAUUGGAUCUUGCUGGAUACCUGCUACCUGCAAGCUGACAAAGAUCCUGGAGGUUGGAAGGAAUUUUUCAGUAGUUUGGGGGUGCGGGAUUUGCUCAUCUUCAACAAGGAGCAGCUCUCGAUGUCAUCACAAGACCUGUCCGCGACCCCAUGGGCCAAGGAGGCUGACCUCUGCCACCUUUCGGGUGGCAUGUUCAUCAUAGAGGAUUACCAGUGUGCGGAAUUCCACUCCCUGGUCACUGCUGACCACCUCCCAGACCAGGUGAAGCUGCAGCAGCGACACGAGCUGCUGAACCUGCUGGAGAAAAACUGGGACACCGGGGACAACUACUCUCAGUACCUGAAAGCCAAGGUGCGAGACAGCAAUGGACAGCAGUUGAGAGAGACCCAUUCCUCUUUCUGCUACUACCUCACCCAGCUUCCUUGGGUGCCUGCUUUCAGACAACUGCCUGGCAGACAUGACAAGCCUUCUGUGAACUACUUGCGUCCAAAUUCUGUCUAUUUGAACUCCGAUGAGGUGAACGGCCUGUUGGGAAUCCAUGUCAAUUACAUCCAUCACAUGAGGCCUAGCGAAUUCACCCGCUAUAUAGGAAUGAAGCACUGCGUGUCCCUGGAUGAACUUAUCUCCCAUUUGAAGACAUGGUGCACAAAGACUGUGGACGGUGACUCUGGGGAGCUGGAGGGGGCUUGGUUCACCACCACUGUGGAGCAUGUGUACAAUGUCUACAGCUAUUUGCUCGAAAAUCUAUAUGGAUCCAAGCUGAAGACGUUGUUCCAAGAGACUCCAGCUGUCUUUGUGGAGUGUGAGAGGGAGGACGAGUGGAGCUCAGGCAGGUUCUACUUGUUGAAAGACUUGUGCUGGAACGACCCUACGGGAAUGUUCAGGAGGUAUAAGGAGUGCAUCCGCGAGUCAGAGCAGGAGGUGCAGGAGCCCAGGGUGCUGGCUCCCUUCUACACGAACAUGACGGGCAUGCGAGACUUCUUCCGCCAGAGUCUUGGUGUGGAGCCGAACCCCUCUAUGAAGCAGUAUGUGGACCUCCUCCAAGUCAUCUGCAGUUCAUUCCUCCCCAAUGCCGAUGUUCUACAGGACAUUUCUGUCAUUUUCGCCAAAUUAGCUGAUAAGUGCAAAAAGUCACAGUCUGAAGAGCAGGAGAAUGAUGUUCAGCUGGACUCCAAUUACUGCUCUUCACUCAGGGAAAUGUUGAAGGACAAGAAGGUGUUUCCAACAAAGAGUACCAGCUGGAUGACCUUAGCACGUAACCCCCUGAUCCCUGAUGAUAAGACUUUGGAAAAAGUCUUCAGAUCGUACAGCAAUGUGUGUCUGCUCAACCUCCCCCCUCCUAACAAGCCCAAGACAAGGUCCGCCCAAGAAAAACAAGUGACAUUCAGUGACCAGGAUCGGGCUCUUUUCCUGAACAUCUGCAAAGUGAAGAAGUUGUCUGAGUGCAUCACCACAGAGCCCCAAACUGAGAAUUACAGGCCCUGCCCGGCCCUGCAGACUGAGGUCCGCAGGCUGGUCCCCUAUAUCCAGAGGUACCUCUUCCACCAUGAGGAGAACGCCUACUGCGAGCUUCAGGACGGCGGCAUCGCCCAGCUGAUCAAGGCGCUGUCUUUCGGACAGGUGGGUAAACUUUACAUCCAGUAUCAGCUGAGUAUACCCAACGAGGAACCCAUUUUUGAAAAGGAAGACGCCAUCUGCCUUCUGAAGGACAAAAAAGAGUUGUACAUCCAGAAGGACCAUCUCUCCACUAAGUUAGAUAUCUGCAGGGAGCUGGUGAAGCUCUUCAGCACUGAGAGCAGCAAUGGGAAGGAACUGCAGGACUUCCUGGAGGGACUCAUCUCCAAGCUGGAUGAUGAAGGGGACUUGAAAAGGUUCCUGCAGAGGUGGGACAUUAAAGAGCUGCCAGGCUCUGAGGAGAAGUGGGAGGUUCCACAACCCUUGGAGAUUAAACCUGAACCUCUGGUCUUCGCUGGCUCAAUGUUCGGCCAAGCACCAAGCAUCGUGGAGGAGCAACGUAAGGUUGAGCAGACAGAUGGAGAAGAUACGCUGGCAUGUUGGCCUCCCAAGGCUUCUCUUCAUAAAAAUCCAGGGUCACACACAGCCAGUGCAGGGUCCGUCGUGGAGUCUGUGAUGAAGAUGUGGCCCCCUCCAGCCCCACCCAAAUCCAGUGACGGUGCGAGUGCAGAAGGUCACAGCCGCCACGACAACAGAGAAGGGCCUCAUUCACAGAAAGGACAGAGUCACUUCCAGCCGGGCUCCAGCACAAGCACCUCGCAGUCUACAGACAAAAGCAGUGAGGCCAGCACGCCGGCGGCCCAACCUGCUAACGCUCAGCCGCCAGAAGCCAGUGAAAGUCACGAUGAAGGAACGAAGCCCAAGUUGGUUACGCGGGAAUCCAGGAAACCUACCCAUGAUGCCACUUCUCCGGAGCAGCAUGCAGCCCUCUCAACCAAAAACACAUCUACAGAUAAACCACCAGAACACGGAGGUGCAGGUUCCAGAGUUUUCCAGGGAAAUGGGGCUAUCGAACGUGGCCCCAUGGCUCUGGAUACUCCAGUCUGGUCAAAUCCGUUACCACCAGAGAGUGUACUGGAAGACCUGGUUUUGGACUGUUCCCGGCCCAACACGGUAGAGUUCCCUGAAGAUAAAUCAGACAACCGGGAGAUUGGGGAGUGGGGAGAGCUGCUGGUCAAUGCCUUCCUCACACACUGGAAAGAAAGUGGGAGUCCCAGUGGCCCCAAAGACAUCAUGUGGUACAACCGCGAGGGAGAAGGUGGCCAGCCGUUCGACUUCAAAGUCACCUUCAGUACAGAGGACUCUGGCCUUCAUGAGGUCUUUGUGGAGGUCAAGUCUACCGUGAAGUCUGAGAAACACUUCAUCCGCCUCUCUGCCAAUGAGCUGGAUCUGGCUCUGAAGGAGAAGGAGAGAUACCACAUCUACAGAGUCUACAACGCCGGGGACUCGCAGAACGUGCGCCUCUGCCGUAUAAAAAACCUGGCCCAGCACCUACAUUCCAAGGAGCUGGAGCUCUUUCUGUUUGUGUAGAGCUCCCUAUUUUAACGAUGUCUUUUAAAAGACGACCAAGUGCACUGCUUUUACCACACAAAUCUAUUUUAAAUGAGAUCUUUCUUUUAAUUGUUUUUUAGAAAUUAUUUUUAAGGAUUAUUUACAUUUUAAAAAAAACAUUCUAUGUUCAGUACUUUAAUUGUUUCAUGCUUUGGGGGGCUUUUAUGUAUGCACCCAUAUUUUUCCAGUAUUUUCUGUGUUUUGUAAUUGUUUGAUGGUAAAAUCGUUACUCCUUCAUAUAUGUCAUAAAAAACAGUGAUUGGCUGGACAUUGCUUGGAAAAUGGUUUAAUUAAAAUUGCCUAAAACGAUGUAAGCUGUCUGACCUUUGUUAGUACGGUUCUCAGUCUUCAAUUUCCAAAUGACUGCUAUGAUUAAUAAUUUACAAAUAAAUAUUUGUGUUAACACUGUUGAA